GGUGGCAAAGGCACACUAAUUGGAUACGUGUAUCGAAGCGAUGAUAAACUGUCAACGGAGUGGAGUUUCAGUGUUGAGAUGGGGUCAAAGGUCAGGUCAUCAUUCAUGACAAUAAUUGGAGGUUUAUCAUCGACGAUCAACUCGGAUCGAUUCGUUUGUUUACAUCCCGUUGGCAAUACUUACGGUGAAAUUUGUAAUUGGUUGAGAUAUGAAUCAAAAUCGCUGAAAGCUGACAACCAUCAAGCACAUCGUUGGUACGUGGGUAUCGGUGAAUGCCCAGGCUGUAACGAACGAGGUGUCGACAACUUUCUGCAGAAACUCGAUCCUCGCGAGUGGAUGAACGGCUUGAAUUCAACCACUGAAAUUGUCACGUGCAUUCUCGAGAUCACUCUCGUCAUCACCGCUAUACUAAUCACCAUUCUUAUCAUCACUAAAUGCUUAAUACCUCUCAUCAAAUUUUUCAUUUGUUUUACUAAACCAUACAAAAAAUAA